AUGGAGUCAUCACCGCUUACUCUAGCGCACGAUCAUGCUAGAGCGGCAUCUGUCGCGACAUCGAGCUCCGAUACGACUGUCGCAAUCAACGAACAUGCUCUCGCUGCUGGGGAAUUUGCAAAGGCUGCUUCAGGUACAAGGAGUGCUGAGGCGUUGAGGACUCUGCAGCUUCUCGAGCAGCAUCAUCAAAGAUUAUCAGAGCUUCUACGUUACCCCUCCGAGAACCCACCGUCGACUUCCGCUACAGAAUCAGAAGUACAACCUUCCGCAGAGAAGCCGCUCUCCACUUCGGCCGCAGUAGCAGAAUUGCGAGCGAGCAAGACAGAUAUUGGCGCUCGAUCAUCCUCUCCUCUUCGGAAUCCUCCCAGCCUUCAGCACCCCAGAAGACUACCUCCACGAGACCUUAGCUCCUCUAUCGCAAGCAACUUAGCAUCGGCAAGAGGCAUUCGUGCGAACUACACUAGACAACCGUUAUCGCCAAGUGUUUCGAACCAGCAGGCUCCAGGGAACCUCGAGUCACAUCCGCGUAGGGAAGGGAAGCGGUCAAAGGCCCCGGGCAGUAUUCCAGAGCACUCGGUCACACAACCUAGUUGGUUACCUCCUACUCAUGCAAGUUCCCAGAAGGCAAUUACCUUGAAUGGAAAGACUCAAGAAUCCGCAAGCGCGGGGGACGCAGUGGCAGCCUCAGACAACGAGGGCUUUUCUCGAUUUUACAGCACCUUUGAGAGCUUUAUUACAAAGAUUUCUGCUCCUCUUGCGUUCGCUGGACUUCCUCUAGUAUCGAAUGAAGCCAAUAGUGCGGCUCAGCCAGAAAGCCCGUCCCAGUCGGGGAAGCGAAUUUCAAAUAACAGAGAGUCCUCGGUACAAGAGCCAGAACUAUCCAAAUACAUUUCUCGAGCUGCCUUGAGAGCCUCUUCUCGUGAUGGGUAUUCCGCCAAUGAUUCCUUUUAUGUUGUUCCAACUGCCGGUCAUUCUGUCUCGUAUGCGAAAAUCCUGUCUUUCGACCAGAAGGAAAGACGCCGAUUGGCCUCAUCUGUCCAUAGUGAACACGGGGAAAAUCUGGCUGACCUAGAAGACGAAGACUUUGUCGAUGCUCGAGAAACUCCAAUGCCAACGUCACCUGGUCUGUCGAGGAAGCCAAUAAGCGGUCGACAAGGCAAACUCGAAAAUCACAUCGAGGAACUUGAAAUGAAAAACCAGAGCCUCAAAGAUAUUGCAGACAAGCUUAGUAAAAGAUUGAAUGCCUUCGAAAUGGGUGCUCAAGACCACAGUCUGAUGAUGUACCAGAGUAUGCGAAUGCAAAGACCUGCAAGUCCGGGGGGUAAUCUUUCACCGGGUCCAGGUGACGAUGCUCUCAAACGACGAAUUAGCGAAUUGGAAGAACACCAAGCACUAAGCGGGAAAGAGAUCGAAAGGCUUAGCCGUGACAACGAAAAGCUGAAAAAUGUUGUGGCAAGAUAUCGUGAUCGAUGGGAAAAGCUUAAAGAGGGCGCAAAGACUAGACGCGAAGGCUCUUCUGGCAAUGGCAAUGCAACAAUCAAGAAGGAUAGUGAUUCUACUGGCGAUAGAUUGGCUGCUGGGUAA